AUGCCGACCUUUGGAGGUCUGCUCAAGAAAAAGAAGACCAAAGAGUCUUCUGACGACAAGUCCGCUCAAUCAGGCGGCGGCAAUUAUCAGCCCAUUCAAUACAAGUCUUCACAAAAGACCGACACCUCAUCGCCUGUCUCCUCCAGGAUCACAGGCGCCUCCGAUGCCCCCUCCCAGGCCACCACGGCUGUGACAACCACCUCCACUCCAGAGCCUCAUGCCAAGUCGGUCGAAAGCAACGGCGGUGUCGACAUGAACGUUGCCCCUGUCGCCAGCCCUACCGGGGGCGUGGUGGAAUCCAAGCCUGUGCAAAGACAAACAAAGGGCAAAUACACCCUCUCAGACUUCGCCAUUCAGAGGACGCUGGGGACGGGCUCGUUUGGGCGGGUGCACCUGGUGCAGUCAAAACACAAUCAACGCUUCUAUGCCAUUAAAGUCCUGAAGAAGGCCCAAGUAGUCAAGAUGAAGCAGAUCGAGCAUACCAACGACGAGAGACGUAUGCUGCAACGGGUCAAGCACCCUUUCCUCAUCACCCUCUGGGGCACCUUCCAGGACUCCAAAAACCUGUACAUGGUCAUGGACUUUAUUGAAGGUGGAGAGCUUUUCAGCCUCCUUCGAAAGUCUCAGCGCUUCCCCAAUCCAGUAGCCAAGUUCUAUGCCGCCGAAGUCACCUUGGCACUCGAAUAUCUGCACGGACAGAACAUCAUCUACCGCGACCUGAAGCCAGAAAACCUUCUAUUGGACAGACAUGGCCAUGUCAAGAUCACCGACUUUGGUUUUGCCAAAGAAGUGCCCGACAUUACGUGGACUCUUUGUGGCACCCCCGACUACCUGGCUCCGGAAGUCGUGGCUUCAAAGGGGUACAAUAAGUCGGUGGACUGGUGGUCCCUAGGGAUCUUGAUUUUCGAAAUGCUGUGUGGGUUUACACCAUUCUGGGAUGGAGGUUCUCCCGUCAAGAUUUACGAGAACAUCCUCAAGGGAAGGGUCAAAUAUCCUCCCUACAUUCAUGCCGACGCCCAAGACCUUCUGGUUCAGCUGAUCACAAGCGACUUGACCAAGCGACUAGGCAAUUUGCAUGGCGGUCCGGCAGACAUCAAGAAUCAUCCGUGGUUUGCAGAGGUCACCUGGGAGAGGCUUUUGAAGAAAGAUAUUGACGCCCCGUACGUUCCACCAGUCAAGGGUGGAGCUGGUGAUGCCAGUCAGUUCGACAAAUAUCCCGAGGAGACAGAAGAAUAUGGCAAGAAAGGAGAGGACCCGUUUGGCCAUUUUUUCGUGGACUUCUAA